AUGGAGCUUUUAUUUCACAAGAAAAGUGUGGUGAAAAAGUUUAAGAUGGAAAAUGCUAAAGCGGCUAGGACACGUAUGAUUAUUGGUGAGAAACUGUCUAAAGAUGAGAAGGGAAUGCCUACAAAGACCACUUAUAGAAGUAUGAUUGGUAGUCUCUUAUAUCUUACUACUAGUAGACCUAAUUUAUCAUUUAGUGUGAGAGUAUGUGCUAGAUACCAGGAAAGUCCAAGAGAGUUGCAUGUUAAAGUCAUGAAGAGAAUUACUCGAUAUGUCCAUGAAACUACUAAUUUGGGAAUUUCAUUCUCAAAGGAUAAUGCUAUGAGUCUAGUUGGUUAUAGUGAUACUGACAAGCCUAGUAACAUCGAUGAUAGAAAGAGUACAUCAAGUGGUUGUUUCUAUAUUGGUUUGAACUUGGUGUCAUGGUACAGUACGAAGCAAGCUUCAAUUUCAUUGUCUACCACAGAAGCUGAGUAG